CGGACAGCCGCAGCCACGCUGCCCAAUGUGCGAUGCCAUCUCUCCCAGCUACUCGCCGCACAGCCAGUCUCGCCUUUAAGCUCCAUGCAUCAGCCUGCCUUGCUUCAUUUUCUUUUCAGUCGAACGCAGGAGCACCUGCAGCAUGUAGCCCGGCCUUCUUCUACCUCUAGCCUUCCCCUGUCGAGCUCUUUGGUACAUGGAAUUUUCCCCCUCUGCUACACCUCCCCUGGGCUACGCACUUGUCCUCACCUCCCCGCCAUCUACCUCAACCAGCAGCCACCAUCUCCCUGUAUUUCCCAGCCGUGGAGCCCAGGAUGCCGACCAGGGACACCAGCAGCCGGCGUCCCAAGCUCGAGCAGCCGCUGCUCCUCAACGCCGGCACCCGCCAAGUUUCGUCAGCCGGUCUGCAGCUCCCCUCUGCUCGGACGCCAGUCGAGCUCCUCCCUGGCGCACCUCGCCAGCAGCAGAGAAUCUCCAAGUGCAGGCGACCAGCAUCUUUCCCCAUGGCGCCCCUGCUCCUAUCUCUAGCCCCUCCUCUCUGUUCCUUGCGCAGACGAAUUUCUUCUCCAAGGCCGACGCUUGUUUUCCCCCUACUUCAUCUCCUCCACGCUGCAAGGCAGUAGGCAAGUCCCUGCAUCCUGCUCGACCUCCGCCUCCUGUCGUCGUCCUCGUCGGCAGCAAGCCGCGCCGGACACUCUGUGCUUUGGCCGCGUCGCGUCCAGGACUCCCAUGGCUGCCUCCCUGGCGUACCUCGCGCAGCAGCCGCGACGCCAGUUCGCGUAGCCACGUGGAUCUCCUUGCGUCGCGCCCUUGGCAUGCUCGACGUAAUGCCGCAGCAAGUAGCAGCAGCGACACCCUUCGCUGCGUCGUGCUCGCCAGAACGGGCCUCACGUCGUCGAUCUGCGCAGCGUCUGCGCGUCGUCGUCGAAACCCGCGCCCUUGUCGACGUCACGCCUCGCGCAUCGCUCGUCGGCAAAGAGCCCAAACUAAUGGCAUGCAUGCGCGAUGUGAGUCGGCCAGGUUGUUCGCCUUGAAUGAUUUGUGAUUUAUUUUAUUUACGUAUUCGGUCGAUGAUGUGCCUGCAUGUGAAUAUGUGCGUGAAAAUAUAAUUGUAUGAAUGGACGCGUGUAGAGAAGAAAAUGAAGUAGAAAAGAACUCGGACGUUUUUAUAUUUUGAUAA